CAAAGACGCUGCUGAUCGCGGCGCUGAUGUUGGCUCGGCCUCAACAUGCAUUUUCAUAAGAGUUUCCGACUAUUCACGUCGCCUAGUCCGUUUUGGCUUCCCCGGACAGUUAGUUUUAUCGUAGCCGGCCCAAUGCACACAGCCACUUAGCGCAGUAUCUCCUUUCCUGGCAAGACCUUCAGACAACAACGAAACUUGGGCCGUACUCUAUCGCCUCUGAAGCUACGACUCUCAAAAUGGACGAUUCGCCGCUUUCAUCAAUAUCCUCCUCCGAGGAUGAAUAUCCUGAUGAGGCAACCGAGGCCAUGGACGACGAACCGCCAGCGAAGCGGCAGAAGACGAUACCGCGAUCCACAACACCGUCGGCCGUUGUCAAUGAGCCUGACGCAGACCCGGAUCCGCUCGAAGAUAUGUCCGAUGUCUCCUCCGACACCGAUGGCGAUGUUCCUAGCUCUCCGCUUAAUGCGCGACAAGACGAGGAUGACUUUCAGGAGCAGAUCACCGUCUGCGAAUGGGAAGGGUGCAAGGCUGCCGACAUGGGCAACAUGGACAAGCUCGUCGAACAUAUCCACAAUGACCAUAUCGAAAGUCGGCAGAAGAGAUACACGUGCGAAUGGGUUAGUUGCGCCAGGAAGGGUAUACCACACGCCAGCGGCUACGCACUCAAGGCUCAUAUGAGAAGCCAUACGAGGGAGAAACCCUUCUACUGCUAUCUGCCUGAAUGUGAUCGCGCGUUUACUCGGUCCGACGCGCUGGCCAAACACAUGCGCACUGUACACGAGACCGAGGCCCUUCGCCCGUCCGACCCGGUCCCAAAGAGCAUGCAGUCCGGUGCCGCCGGCGGCAAGUCCUCAAAGCUGAGGAUCGUCAUCAAGACACCACAGUCGCAUGCUGCAGGGCAGGACGAUGCCACCGAUGACGCCAGCAUCGGGGACUCUGAGGCCGGGGACAUGUUUACUCCCUUGACAGAAGAUCAAGGAUUCACAGCCAAGGAACUCAACAUGCCGCUUGAGCGGCUCAUGAAGUUAUGCCGGCUGCAGGUGAAGUGGGCUGAGGAGGAGGGUGAGAUUCUGCGUGCCGAGUGCCAGCAAUGGGAGGAGGAGUACAAGCGCCAAUGGCUUGAGAAGGAGGUGCUGCUCGAGCAAGUAAUUCGGAGUGAGGAUGAGUGGCAUCGCCGGCGGCAAGCCGUUCUCUCUGGAGCUGCCGACGUUGUUGUCACUGCUAAUGGCGAACCGGCCAGCGCGGGCGAAGCGACGGCUUAGGAGUACGUCUUAACGGCCACGGACGAGAAUGCCUCGUCUAUAAGCUUACGAUGCUUCAGACUUCGACCUUGGUCCUCCUGAUUGCCCAAAGCCGAUAAGGCCAGCACGUCCGCGGAGAAGCGCAUUGUACUUGUAUAGCAUGUCGGUAGCUGAGCGAGUGCCAAUUAAAGCGCCAUAACGGUGCAUACUCGCCCGCUCUCCUGAAUCAUGACAGCGAAACGACUCCAAGCUGGAGACUCGGCGUUCAGAAUUUGGCUAGCCCCAAAUAACCCUUCCAUUCACAGGCAUAACCACCAUAACUGAAACACUCCCAAAUCCAACCAACCAUCUCCCCAUGCCAGACAACCAAAAAGGAAUAUGUUCUACAUACAAUUCCCGCUUACCUACAGCCUAA